UACAGUAACUUAAUACGUGCUUGGUGAACUACUGGAUUUUUAUGUAGUUACGCCAUUGAUAUGCUUUUAUUAGGCUCCUUUUUAUUUAUAAGAAUGCUGGUGUGGGGUUUGCAACGAUGGAACAGUUAGCCGCUUCAAACCUGUUAGCAAACGGUUGAAGAUGGCAGUUCAUAAGGAGAACUCCUGUUCUGAAGGGGGGGUCUCCUUAAGGGUGUGAAAUCCUCCAGCAGUCAUCACUGGAUACUGAACACAAUGGGAAGGAUCAGUAUCUCGUGCUUGUUUCCAGCAUCUUGGCACUUCAGCCUGUCUCCAGCUGUUCUUCCACGGCUCAUGCUGCCCUCUUUUAAGCAGCUGCUCCUGCUCGGUCUGCUGGUGGCACCAGGUAUCAUAUAUCUUCUGCUGUACACCAGCAAGGGUCACAGCAUUUGGCUUGGAGACAAGCACUACCACAGGCGGAUUUCUCGGGUGACAGAUGUUGAGGCGACAGACACAAGAAACCCCAAUCUGAACUACGGUGUGGUGGUGGACUGUGGGAGCAGUGGCUCUCGUGUGUUCGUGUACACCUGGCCUCGGCACAACGGCAAUCCUCAUGACCUGCUCGAUAUUCGACAGAUGAGAGACCAAAACCGCAAACCGGUUGUCAUGAAGAUCAAACCAGGCAUUUCUGAAUAUGCAACAACCCCAGGAAAAGCCAGUGAUUACAUGUACCCUCUGCUAAGCUUUGCUGCCCAGCACAUCCCCAAAACCAAACACCAGGAAACUCCACUAUACAUCUUAUGCACUGCUGGCAUGCGGGUCCUGCCAGAGAGUCAGCAGGAAGCUUUGCUGGAGGAUCUGAGGACUGACAUUCCUGUACAUUUUAACUUCCUCUUUUCUGACUCUCACGUGGAAGUGAUAUCAGGAAAACAAGAGGGCGUGUACGCCUGGAUCGGGAUUAACUUUGUGCUGGGACGAUUUAAUCACGUUGAUGAUGAUGACGAGGCAGUGGUGGAGGUUCAGGUUCCUGGUGGAGAUCAUCAGGAGACACUGGUGCGCAAGCGCACGGUGGGCGUGUUGGACAUGGGCGGCGGCUCCACUCAGAUAGCAUACGAAGUGCCCAAAACUGUAAGCUUUGCUUCCCCACAACAGGAGGAAGUAGCUAAGAACCUGCUGGCAGAGUUUAAUCUUGGCUGUGAUGCACAUCGUACUGAACAUGUGUACCGUGUUUAUGUCUCAACAUUUCUGGGGUUUGGUGGAAAUGCUGCUCGUCAGCGAUACGAGGAAAACCUCGUCAGUAGCACUCUUCUACAAAACAAACUGUUAGGUCAACACCGUGGUGAAAGUGCUGACUAUCCUGUCCUCGACCCCUGCCUGCCCUCAGACCUCCAGGAUGAGGUGGGUGCCUCCGGUCAGAAGCUUUACCUGCGCGGGAGUGGUCAUUUCGAGCAGUGUCGCCUGCAGCUCCAGCCCUUCCUCAACCGCACCAACGAAACCCACACGUCGCUCAACGGUGUCUACCAGGCACCCAUCAACGUCAGCAACAGCCAGUUCUACGGCUUCUCCGAGUUCUACUACUGCACUGAGGAUGUGCUGCGCAUGGGCGGAGAUUACAACUCCACCAAAUAUGCCAAUGCUGCAAAGGACUACUGCGCCACCCAGUGGAAAAUUCUGAGAGAACGAUUUGAUCGUGGCUUGUACUCCUCCCACGCUGAUCUGCACAGACUGAGGUAUCAGUGCUUUAAGUCGGCGUGGGUGUAUGAGGUGUUCCACACUGGUUUCUCAUUUCCGUUGGGCUAUGAGAGCUUGAAGACGGCUCUGCUGGUCUAUGAUAAAGAGGUGCAGUGGACUCUGGGAGCCAUUCUGUACCGCACACGCUUCCUACCUCUGAGGGACAUCCAGCAGGAGAGCCUUAAGGGUUCUCAUUCACACUGGCACCGUGGCUUCACCUUCAUGAACAAUCACUAUCUGUUCCUGGCCUGCUUUCUGGUGGUGCUGCUGUCCAUCAUGCUCUACCUGCUCCGACUCAGACGCAUCCAUCGCCGAGCCGCCCUGAACCGUGGUGCUUCUACACAGUGGCUGGAAGAUGGACUGGGAACUCCAGACCUUCCGGUCAACCUAUAGUUUUAUUGUUGUAAAGCUGGAGCCUCGUGAAUCUGCGCAGCCGUCCACGAGCAUGAGGAGAGCUUGGCUUUACAGCAGUCGGGAAAUUUUCCGGGUUCCUGCUCUUCAGAUGACUGAGAAAUUUGACAAUGAAUAGAAGCUGCUGGUGGAGAGGAGGCCAGUGUUGACGUCUUUUUUUGGUGCAAUGUUUCAUAUUGAGAAUGCACCAGAGUGCCUGGUGAGCCGGAUGUGAGCCAGAUGAUCGUGUGUUUGUUCAUUUGAAGACGUCUGCUGCCUUUUAAACAUUACGUUAAUGUGAAAAAGUACUCAGCCUGAUGUUGGUGUGAGGUGUGUCACAUACGGUAGGGGCCAAAGUUCUGCUUCUAUUUUGCAUUUUUCUCAAAUUCAAUACACUGGUUUUGAUCACAGAGCUGAUUAUUGGCAUUACAAUUUGAGUGAAUCCUGAAAAUGUACAUGAAUUUUAGAAUUCUUUAGUAUUUGGUAUGUACCUUUUUUGGCUACAGUGACAUUUGAUGCAUUUGAGCUGGCACGGACUGCACAGCCUUGUUCAGAAUGUCCAAAUCCAUGUUAUUCCAGGAGGAUCUCCUAGUAUUUUAAAGAGCAUCUUGUGAUUGUUACUGAAUGCUUGUCUCUGUCAACAAGUGGCCUAAUAAACGUUUUGGUCAGGUAACUGUGGCGGGAAGUCCAUGACACCCAGCACCUCUUUUGUCUGUUAAUAGCUGAAUGAUGAAAAAACAAACAAACGUCAUAAAUUCAAGAAAAAUGCAAAAUAGAAGCGUUUCACUAGUGGUCUCAACUUUUGCCCGUCAGUGUAGCUCUUACAUAUUCUCCCCUCUCAGAUAUUGUUCAAGCGGCAGCUGACCAACACCCGUAUGGACUCUCAAUAGUGGUUAAAACGGCAAGGACAUUUAUUUGCCUAUUUAACCUACCCUUUCAGAUUUUCCGGAGUGACUGGCAACCCUGGAUCAACAAGGACAUACCCUUAACAUGUACUCCAUUUAAUUUAAAUUCAACCUAAUUUCAGACUGUCUCAUAUGAAGUGUUAGCACCGAUUAGCACAGUCAACACAGUCAGGUAAAACUACUAUUUUAACCACUUAAGAGAUCAGCACUUUUCAAGUGACUGGCUUUUCUCUUGCCAUUCUAAUCAUUACCCUGAGAGUCUGUUGUAAAAACUGCUGUGUUGCACCUAUCUGGGGAUGAUUUGUGGUUCUGAUAUGUGGAUUAUCAAACAAGUUGUUCUGACAGGGAUGUUUAAGUUGUUUUUGUCACUGAGAGACCUUUUCACCUUCAAAAUGACUGAAUGAUGAAAUUUUCCCAACAACAUAGCUCCUGAGGAGCAGGGUUUCUCUCCUUGUCUCUGUUUUAAGUCCUGCCUCUGCAGAGGGUGGAUUGACUGAUCUAAAUUGUAACUACAUUUGUGCAUUAAGCCCACAUCUGCCCAUUUAUGGUCACACUCAUUUGCGUAAGUUUAAUUGCGCCAGUCUCCCAAACAUCCACCCACCACACCCCUUUCAGUCUGCCACAAAGCAGCAUUGUGUACUGCAAUGAUCUGACUAAACUUAGUUCUCUGUCAGUUGAUUAGUCAAGCUUAGUCAUGUCCACUGCUUUCACACUCCUUGGCAUGAAUAGUAAUUAACGGUCAGUCUUCACUUUUGCUAUUGAAGCUUUCAUUUUGCCUACAGGAUCUGAUAUGUGCCAAGUGUUGGGACAUUGUUUUGUAGAAAACACUGUAUUGAUAUUUAUUGAUCCUCUCCUUGUACAUUAAAAGAGACUGUUUUGUAGCUUUAUGCAUCGCUAGUUCUGUGUUUUAAUACUGUUGAUUUGCUAGCAAGUUGUCUUUUUAUUUUGAAUGCAUUAUUUAAUGGUCAAUUGCUCAUUGUUGUAAAUUUCUCUCAGUUUCUACAUGUAAUAGAAACAAACCAGUGCAAUACACAUGUACAAAUAUACUCAACUGCUUGUUUGAUUAAAUACCCAAGUCACAGUUGGGUUGCUACAGCAGGGUUGCCAUGUAUGACAAUUAUUUCACUAUGAUAAAGCUGUAGUAUGUAAGCUUUUUAAAUUGAAUCAUGAAGCAAACACCUUUUUAUUGUGUAAUUACACAUUGUCUCAAUUAUUAAGUCAAAGUCAGAGCUUUGUGUGGGUUGCAUAAGGGACAUGUAGGUCAUGGUAGUCGGUUGAAUUCAGUAAUUACAAUAAAAGUCUUUAGAUUUUAAACAUACUUCUCUGUCGAAAGAUAUGUAUGUAAGUUAGCCAAAAUGUUAGACAAAUAACAAGCAAGGACUUCUUUGUUCGCUGGUGAUAUAAAGCUAGCUUGACUGUACACACUGAAACACUGAUAUCUGUGCUACUUGGUUCUUAUCUCAGAAAUCAUUGACUGGCAUGUCAUACAUGUUUCUUAUACUUUUGACUUUUAGCUUAGCUUCAGCUUGAGUACUUUAGGAAAUUCCCAGUGAUCCAAUUAUCAAAAUAUAUAACUGGUGUCACAGAAUGUUUUACAGAAAGACGGUUUAUUACAUUUGUGUUGGAGAUGUGUGUGAAUUUCUAAAACUUACUUACUGCAGCUUUAAACUGCUGUUUGAUGGUUUCUUUAUCAAAGAUUAAAGGAAUAGUUCAUUCUAAAAGCUUAUUUGCAUACUUGUUUGCUAACCAAAAAUGUAUUACAUCAGCCCAGACAUGUUGUUUUUUAAAGCUUGACAUUUCAGUCUCGACUGACCUACAUUUAAACUAGGUAAGAAAUUGUCAGUUAGAUUUUUACUGAACUAUUCCUUUGAGAUCAUGAUCAUUCAAAGCUUUCAUAAGCCAUCAAUCAUGGUAUUAUUUGCUAAAUCACUGGCAUUGUGUUUAUUAGUUUCAUGCACACAGAUAACAGUCUGGUCAGCAAUGUAGUCGUCACUUGAAAAUUAAACCAAAACUUGAUUUUUAUGUUUUGCAGUCAUUUCAUUUUUAAUCUUGCCUGAAAGAUGUCAGAAUAAAAAAUAAAAACCUUUUGUUUGAAA